AAACCGAUAUAGGUAGUAUUAAUCUUUUCCUGUUCCCGCUUUUGCUUUAGGUAUUCUCUCUUGCGGUAGGAUGUCCUUUUCCUAAUUGGAUGUUAGUACUUCUGAUACUUGUUUGUUUAUCUAUCAUGCAAUUUCGCUCCUAUAAAAGCAUCAACUGAGUAUCUGCAAGUUUGAAGCAGAUUGUAGAGUAUACUACUCAUUAGAUUUGAUUUUUUUAAAAUAAAAGUUCCUAUAUUUAGCUUUACUUCGGUGGAUUUAAGGGAUGGAUUCGAAGGAAGGCAAUGAAGGGGAAGUUGUUGAUGAGAGGGCCAAGAAUGGCGAAAGCAAAGAAGAGGUAUCAAAGUUGAAGGGGUUGGGUAGUUUGAGCAGUAAAGAUAUGCUUGUGAGAGCAGAUAUGAUUGAUUUCAAGAAGUGGGACGUGCAAUUUGAGAAGCAGCUAACUCGAAACCGGAGUUGGUCGACGACGGGGAGAGAAGCCCACGUGAAGGAGGAGUGGCAAAUAGAUUUAGCUAAGUUGGAUAUCAGGAAUGUUAUUGCUCAUGGUACUUAUGGAACCGUCUAUAAAGGUGUCUACGAUGGCCUUGAUGUGGCAGUGAAGGUAUUGGACUGGGGAGAGGAUGGUAUUGCAACAGAGGAGGAAACUUGUAUUCUUCGUGAUUCAUUUCAGAAGGAGGUUGCUGUUUGGCAUAAACUUGACCAUCCUAAUGUGACAAAGUUUGUUGGAGCUUCAAUGGGAACAUCAAAUCUUAAGAUUCCUGUGAAAAGCAACUCAGCGGAUGAUCAUAACUCCCUACCAUCUAGAGCUUGUUGUGUUGUUGUAGAAUACCUUCCAGGUGGGACGUUAAAAAGAUUUUUGAUCAGAAAUUAUAGAAAGAAGCUUGCUUUCAAGGUGGUGAUCCAACUUGCUUUGGAUCUCUCAAGAGGGUUAAGUUAUCUUCAUUCCAAAAAAAUUGUGCACCGUGAUGUUAAAUCAGAAAAUAUGUUGCUCAACGCAAAUCGGACUUUAAAAAUUGCUGAUUUUGGGGUUGCUCGAGUUGAAGCUCAGAAUCCAAGGGACAUGACUGGAGAAACUGGUACCCUUGGUUACAUGGCCCCUGAGGUCCUGGAUGGCAAGCCGUACAAUAGGAAAUGCGAUGUGUACAGCUUCGGCAUAUGCUUAUGGGAAAUUUACUGCUGUGACAUGCCUUAUCCUAAUCUGAGCUUUGCUGACUUGUCUUCUGCAGUUGUUAAUCAGAAUUUACGACCGGAAAUUCCUAGAUGUUGCCCUGGUGCGUUAGCGAGUGUCAUGAGAAAGUGCUGGGAUGCGAAUCCAGACAAACGCCCUGAGAUGGAUGAGGUUGUGAGGUUGUUAGAGGCCAUAGAUACUAGCAAGGGGGGUGGCAUGAUACCUGAAGACCAGGCUCGUGGGUGUUUCUGUUUCAGCCUGAAGCGGGGUCCCUGACCUAGUGCACUCAGCUAGAGAUCAGGCAUCCCUGUGGUGCAGGCUUUGCCUUUUUAGCUUUGCUGUCCUGCACCAACAAGAAGACACAUAGUUAGAUUAUACUCCUCUUGGAACGUGUUUUUAUCUUGGAGAAUCCUUGAGGGUUUCAGUAGGUAGACACUUUAGUUUUAUUAGUCUUGCACCUGAAAUUCAUUCACUUGCAGAUAUAGUGGUUAACCGGUUGUCAUAAUAGUAGUGUUAUUUGAUAUGGAUGGAGCUUGUGGAUUCUUUUA